AUGACAGAGCCGUCGCCCCCGCCCCAGAAAAAGACUCUGCGCCGAAGAGCCCUCCAAGAAUUUUAUAACAUCGACAAGAAGGAGCUGCUGAGCGAGUCGGUGGUGGCCGAACUGACCCCUGACCCCGACCCUGACCCGAUACCUACCAUAGACGAUAUCGACACUUUCGUCAAAACCAAGCCCAUCCAGGAGAUAUUGGCCACUCGAAAUCGCAUCGCCGGUCGUCUCAACAGCCAGGAGAGUCAGAAGAAGAGCAUCAUCUACGACAAUUACUACGAGCUUAUCAAAUUAAGCCAGACACUAGCCACGCUUGAGAAACCCCUGACCAAGCGGCAAAACGAUCUUCUGGUGACGUUAGAUAAUGCCGAGGUCGACGACGGAUACAUGGACCGCACGUUUGCUAGUCUCCAGCAGUUUGUAAACGCGUCACCUAUCCUUGGAAAACCGUUUGGAGACGUCGCCGAUAAUGUCAGCCAAAGCGAGGCCCGUGCCAGUGUGGUGGCCAUUGCCGAGGAAGUUGAACCCAACCAGGAGUUGGCUGAUGACAUUCUGGCAUUAUUGGCUUAUAAGGAAGACAAGGAGCUCGCUGAUGCCGUUGGUAGUUUGCAAGCCAAAAGCGAUGUGCUUCGCUAUGAACUUUCACAGCUCUCUAAACGCCUCGAUGGACGCGACAAGGUAAUUCCCAAUUGA